AUGUCUUUUCGAUCGUUUAAAUCAAAAUUAAAAACAAGAGAAAAUAGUUCAACUGAAAUAACUUUAACGACAUUGUGUGAAACUCAAGCAGAUGAGCAUCAUGCAUCUGACAUAGAAAAAGUACAAAAUGAAAUCGAAUAUAAACAAAAUACAUUAGAUCUAUUUAUGAAUCAUGUUCUUAUUACUCUUGACGCCAAUAUUGAUGAUUUAAAAUUGUCAAUUGAUAAAAAACGACCGGAGCAAAAGAUUUAUAAAUUAUCAAUUUGUGAUGUUUGGCUUCGAUUAAAAACUAUUGAACACAUGGAACCAUUGCCACUUGUUAAAUAUCUACGUACAUCUCAAUUGCAUCGUGCAGAAAUAAAAUCAUCUGAUGUAACUGAUUGUACUAUCAAUAUUGAACCACAAAUUUUCACGAAUCGUCGUCGAUCUCGUUUUAUACAUUUUCAUAUGUGUACCGCUUCGGAUGAAUUCUAUCUUAGCGUUGGCGCAUAUGUUGGUUUAGUUAUAUUUUCCUAUCAAAACCAAUCAAAAUUCAUAUUGAAUGGACAUCACUGUCAACGUGGCGAUAUUCUUGUAAAACAAACAAAAUUAUUUAGUUCUACACAAACCGUUCAUCGAGGAAUAUAUGAUGCUCUAUUUAAAUGGUACUUUGGUCGUGUAAUUGAUGAGAAUUUUUCUGGCAUUGGAUUUAUAUGUUCAAAUGAUAAAUGGCGUUUUGACUUAAUAACACAUAAUGACAGAGAAAUAUUUCUCUAUGAAUAUCGAGUAUUUGAUAUGUUCAUGUUAACACAUUGGUUAACACGAUCUAUCAUAGCGCAUAAUGUUCACGACAUGGAAGUUCAUGUUAAAGAUUUACUAUUGAAACAGUAUGAUGUUGUAAAGAAGAAAUUAAUCAGUCAAGAAAAUACAGAAUUAUUGAAUUGUUGGAAGGAACUUAUUGGCAGUGAUUCAAAAGAUUUAGAUUUAGCUAUUAAGCAAAUUAUUUUAACAAUAAAAAAUGAUAUUGAAAAUUAUUUUCAAGAAAUCGGCAUAGAAAUAAAUGUACCUUCGGAAUUAUUAAAACAAAAUAUAUCCUAG